ACUCCGAUUUCAGCUCCUUCUCUCCCUGUUCCCACUCCAUAUCCCAAUCCUCCCUCUGCCACCUUCGCAGAGAAUCCUCUCCGCCGAGCUCCGUCCCGAGGUCUUUCCGUCGCCUCUCAUCUCUUCUCGCUCUUUACGGCUUGAUCUCCUUCUCCUGCUGCGGGAUCAUGCUGCGUACUUCUGUGAUCAACUGACUUCGACGAGGUGGUUUGGUAGGUUCUUUGGUGAUCCGUCUUCUGCGACCACGAUCGUGGUGUUUUGGGGACCGAAGCGAGGGGAACGAUGGCCAGCGGAGAAGUCAGGAAGGUGUCUCGUGAGGACAUACAACUGGUUCAGAACCUAAUUGAGCGGUGCCUGCAGCUCUAUAUGAAUCAGAAAGAAGUAAUUGACACAUUAUCUAUUCAGGCAAAGAUAGAGCCCAGUUUCACUCAACUUGUUUGGCAAAAACUUGAGGAAGAGAAUCGAGAAUUUUUUGAGGCAUAUCAUGUUAGACUUAUUGUUAAGAAUCAAAUAAUGGUUUUCAACAAGCUCCUUGAAAAACAAGUUGAGAUGAUGCAGAAAGCAUGUCCAUCUGGUGUUUCUAGCAUACCUCUGCCCAAUGGGUCUAACUCUUCUGCUAUGCAUCAAUCUCCCUUGUGCUAUAUACCUCAACACACAUCUUCACCUGCCAAGCUUGAUGGCAUGAUUUGCAAUGGAGGUUUUCCAAAUGUUAUUAUGAAUGGAAGAUCAUCAGGACAAGAAGGAAACUAUCUUGGCAGUGAUUCCUCUAUUCUUGGUGCAAGCAUGAAUCCCUCAACGAGUAUGUUAUCUGCACAUGACUCCAAUAUGUCAACGGUUCCAGGAAUGAACAGGACAAUAAUUAAGUCAGAACCUAACUAUUUGAACAAUUCUGAGUUCCCAUUCAGUAAUGACAGUAGCAUCUUGGAAACACACCAAUCCAUUGGAGAUGUUUCAGUUGGAUCAUUCAGUAGCUCAGAAUUGACGGGGCAGCCACUAAAUGAUACUCUCUUGGACAUUGAUACGUCUACACUUGGAUUUAGUCAGAUUCCCCGAAAUUUCAGUUUUUCAGAUUUAACAGAUGAUUUCACUCACUGUGCUGAUAUUUUGGAGAAUUAUGAUAGAUCUCCUUAUCUUCCACAUGAUUCAAAUAACUUCUCAGACUCCCCAGGAAGGGAAUUAAAAGAAGAAGACAUGAGGAAACUUGACACCAUCUCCGAAGGAGUCAGCUAUGAGGAUUUCGGAAGUGACUGACGAUUUCCUCAGUAUGCAGGUUGACCAGGCAUCUGUACAUAUUGGAUUGACAAGUUGCUUGUUCUUGGGAUUUCGCCGAGUUGAUCAACUCGCGUGUGUUUGAGUGAUGCUAAUUAUUUCCUACCAAUUAGAAGAUUCUAAAAUGACUUUGUUUUAAUAAAUAGAAAAGUGGCGUGGCACUUCAAUUUUGUGUUCUAA